GAGAGAGAGAGAGAGAGAGAGAAUGACCGGAAGCGCUGAUGGGAGUUGUAUUUAUCUUAGCACCAAUAAUCAAGCUGUCUGUUAGGGUCAGUUUACUCCCAUGAAACGUUUUUAUCUAAAAAAUCACUUUCACUCUGUUCCCAAGUUGGCAUCAGUGAUAUGGAGCAAAGGAAGACGGUUAUCGUGACAGGUUUCGAACCUUUUGGAGAACACACUGUUAAUGCGAGCUGGGUGGCAGUGCAGGAGCUAAAGAAGUUGGGGCUCGGCCCAAAUGUGGAUCUACACAUUACCGAGGUUCCUGUGGAGUACCAAGCAGUCCAGAAUCUUCUGCCUUCACUCUGGGAGCUAUAUCACCCACAGUUAGUGGUUCAUGUUGGAGUGUCUGGAAUGGCUACAACAGUAACCCUUGAAAAAUGUGGUCAUAACCACGGCUAUUGGCGACUUGACAACUGCAACUUCUAUCCUAAGUCCGAGUGCUGUAUGGAUGGAGGACCAGACUGCAUCAAUUCUGCGAUCGAUAUGGAUGUUGUCUGCAAGAGGGUCAAGAACUCAGACCUCGGGAUCUCUGUAUCCGUUUCAAAAGAUGCCGGCAGAUACCUGUGUGACUACACCUACUACACCUCGUUGUACCUGGGCAAAGGCCGAUCUGCGUUCGUGCAUGUGCCCCCCCUGGGGGAGCCGUACAAUGCAAAACAGCUGGCACAGGCACUCCAAGCUGUGAUCUUGGAGAUGCUGAACUUGUUGGAGCAUAGUAUGGAAAAGCAACUUUGCCAGCACAGUCACUGAAAAAUCACAGAAUGGCUUUUUAACCCACUAUGUAGUGUUUUUGGUGAUGUGCUGUACACUACAUAGGCUGGACUGGGCUGAUGUGCAAUGUAGCCCAAACACCAGACUGCUGCUCAGCUCAAGCAAGGAUAGACGUCACUUUGUGGAGGAUAGUCAAAGGACACAGAGAUGUGGUGCUAUGUAUAAAAUUAAUUUGUAAAUCAAACUGAAUAAUAGAAGAAGCCCAUCAGCACAUACACAACCAUGUGUACAAUGGCAGGAUUUUGCAAAGUACAAAAAUUACACUGAGAUGAAUCAUAUCAGAGCUUUUUCCAGCCUCACUGUGAAAUUACAUUAAAUAAAAAAUAAGUAAGAAAAAA